CUGCUCUUUCAAAACUCCUGGACCCUCUCAAUGCUUCUUUUUGUUUGCUAAAGCCACCAAUCUAAAUCACAACCCCUGUCCCCAACAAUAAAUCUGAAAAGUUGAAUCGUUGGGGGAAUUUUGAGUUUGUUCAUCCAAGCAUUCUUCAAACGCGAGACAUGUUGAUCUGAUUUGUAGAUUUUUUUGAACAACGAUGGAGAUGAUUCCAGUAGAAGAAGCUUUGACAACUGUGUUGGACGUAUCCAGGCGGUUGUCUCCGGUGACGGUGGCUGUUCAGGAUGCUCUCGGCAAGGUUUUGGCUGAGGACAUUCGACCUCCCGAUCCUCUCCCUCCAUAUCCUGCUUCCAUCAAGGAUGGAUAUGCUGUAAUUGCUGCAGAUGGUCCUGGUGAGUAUCCUGUUAUUACUGAAUCAAGAGCAGGAAAUGAUGGUCUUGGUGUCACAGUGACUCCUGGAACUGUUGCAUACGUUACCACUGGAGGGGAAUAUCUGAAUCUGUUGUGAUGGUUGCAGGCAUGCAGAAGCUGGACCUGGAUAGGGGACUGGUACGUUUUCUUUAUCUUUUAUUUGGUUCAACUUUCGAUAUAAAUUUUGCUCAAGAACCACAUAUCUAUGAUUCGAGUUAGUAUAGUUUUAACAUAGAAUUUUUUGGGCUAAAAUAAAAUAUGUUUUCAUUCGACGGUAUAAAUUCCAGUUACUCUAUUUCGACGUAAAUUUAGUUCGGAAAGAGUCAGGUACGCCGCCGCA